AUUUCGCUAUCAUGUGAUCAAUAUGCGUUUCAUUAUCACAUGACAACAUGGCUGAUCCGAAAUCAACUGAAGUUGAAGCUAUAUAUUAUGAAGUAUCGCCAUAUAUUAUAAUCCUUCUUCGGAUGUUCAACUUCAUCGUGGUUUUAAUGGCACUGGUAUCCAUGAUUUUAUGUGUUGUUCAAGGUCAAGAUAACAACACAUACUACUUAUUAGCAGCGAAUACAGGAGUUAGUGGAAUCGUUUGUCUAGUCGUGAAUUGGUGGUACAGAUCAGGAGAUUUAGGACCCGAGAAAUACUGGUACAUUUUCCUUGUGGGCGGAGUCAUAUUGUUUCAGUGUGUGACUACUGACAUUUUUGUGUACCAUAUAUUGCCCCCUGCGCCAACUAGUGCCCCCUACCACCCCAGUGUAAGGCCCCCCAUCAGAAACAUCACUAUGAACUGGUUUAGCUUGCUCGAGGCCUCUACAAAAUCACUCCUUGGAAUGCAGGAAAUAACCACUGCACCACCGGGCUAAAACCAUCAGGAAUGCUGGGCAUAACCACUGCACCACCGGGCUAAAACAAUCACCAAGGGGGCCAGUGAGUGGACAAUUAACUUUGAUAAAAUGUGAGGCUUUAACAUAUAAUAGCGGAUUUGUCUUUCAUGUUUGUAUAUGUAUAGUUAUGUUGUUUACAAUUCUCUCGAUGCAUAAACACAGAAAGAAUUACUGAAUAUUUUUGCCACAUAUCAUCCAACUCCCAUUGCAUUCAUAAAUUUUUGCUAGGCAAGCUUAGAAUAAAUAUUGAGUCAAUUUAAAUUCACCCAGCGUGUAUCGGUUGAAAAUAAGGGCAAAAAUUUCCCUGUACAUAGUAAUCUAUCAGAUGUACAUACAUUUAGGGGCGAGAUCAAAAGAUGGUUGUCAGAUAAAAAUUCAAAUAGUUAGGGGGAGGGGGAUAAAAUCUCCCGCAAGUUUUUGUCAUCUGACAUCAAUUACACUUUAGUGGAAAAGAAAAAAAGACUGGCGACUGUUAAAAACCACAAAAUAUUACAUUUUAAUGAACAUUUAACAGUUUUGAUGCACACUUUCAUUUGUGAAUAAAUAGUAGAAAAGGUAUACAGAAUGUUAUAUAUAAUCGUAUGUUUUUAUUUGAAAAUCAAUUGGUUUCAAUAUUUAUCAUAUUUAGUUUUAAAGGGGGUGGGGAGGUGUGUCUUGGUGAAAAGUAUGCGAAUUUAGUUUUGUGUCAGACAUUGAACUUUUGAUCUCGUCCCUUAUUAGUAUUACUUUAUGUCAAAUACCAAGUUUAACAUAUUUGCUAUCAUAUUGUGUAAGAGUACAUGUAUAUGGAAUACAUUGUCAUUUUUAUAAAUAGAUUCUUUUAUGAUGUACCUUAUGGUCAAUAUGAACGGAUUUGGAUUUGAGGCAAAUUCUGUGAAUCGUGCUAGUGAUUCACAGAGAUUUUGCCUUAAAUCCAAACCAUUCAUAUUGACCAUGAACAGCUCAAAAGUGCUGUUUAUUUCUUAUAUUUAUAUUCAUUUACUAAAUCACCAUUUCAUUACAUUGCUUGUAUAGGUCAGGAAAUAUUUUGUUGCAUAAAAUGAAUUUCUAAGAUCCACCCAUGUCACAGUCGUAUUGUGACGUACGUCAAAACAUAGACAUGACGUCACACUUUACCCUACCUUUAUCAACAUUGCAUUGUAUUUUGGAGCUAGAAGACCACAAGAUUGGGAUGAUAAUCCACUAAGUUCACAAUCUUAAUCCGAGGUGUGACUUUGCGAGAUAUUUAUAACAUGUUGUAUAUUUUCGAAUCAUUACGCUCUCUCAGUCGCGUGCUUUAAACUAGUUCAUAAUCCGUUCAUAGUCAAUGUGAACGGAUUACAUGUAUGUCGUGUGCUGAAAUUGGUUGGUUCAUAGAGGAAAAUGCGAUUUGUAAUAUAAAUAUAAAAAAAAUUUGUUGUUGAUAUAUUGCAUUAAAGAUAAUUGACAAAAUU